GGACGAAAAAGGUGUUCAGUGUCCAAGCGUUGAGAAGGGAAGAGGUACACAUGGCAAGUGGCAACUGACCUCAUUGUUGAUAGUUGAUACUUGGCCUCGAAGAUGCACUUGCUACUAUCCAAGUCCCCACUAUUACUGAUACAUAAUUCUUCUAUGCUCCUCCACCGCUUCUCUCCUCUUCUCCUUCCUCGUUUUCUCUUUCGCCAACCCCCCUUCCCCUCUUUGAAUUUCAAACCUCUCACACUCAAGGUCCUCUCCAUGGCAUCGUCUCAUUCCUCCCACCACAUACACACUAAUCGACUCGCUUCCGAACAGAGCCCCUAUCUUCUCCAACACGCUCACAACCCUGUUGAUUGGUAUCCCUGGGGCGAAGAAGCCUUCGCCGAAGCGCGCCGGCGAGACGCGCCUAUCUUCUUGUCAAUUGGUUACAGCACUUGUCACUGGUGUCAUGUUAUGGAGGUCGAGUCUUUCGAGGAUGAAGCGGUUGCCAAGUUGCUGAACGAUUGGUUCGUUAGCAUUAAGGUGGAUCGAGAGGAGCGACCAGAUGUUGAUAAGGUGUACAUGUCGUAUGUGCAGGCUUUGUAUGGUGGAGGAGGUUGGCCCCUGAGUGUGUUUCUUUCACCUGACUUGAAACCUUUAAUGGGUGGAACUUACUUCCCCCCUGAUGAUAAGUAUGGACGACCAGGAUUUAAGACUAUACUUAGAAAGGUAAAAGAAGCUUGGGAUAGUAAGAGGGAUAUGCUAAUUAAGAGUGGAUCAUAUGCAAUUGAACAGCUUUCUGAGGCAAUGUCUGCUAGUUCAGAUUCUGAUAAACUGCCUGAUGGGGUUCCAGCUGAUGCGUUACGCCUAUGCUCGGAGCAGCUCUCUGGGAGCUACGAUUCAAAGUUUGGUGGGUUUGGAUCUGCACCAAAGUUUCCCAGACCAGUUGAGAUAAACUUGAUGCUAUAUCACUCCAAAAAGUUGGAGGAUACGGGGAAGUUGGGUGUAGCUAAUGGAAGCCAGCAAAUGGUUUUCUUUAGCUUGCAAUGCAUGGCAAAAGGUGGGAUUCAUGAUCAUAUUGGAGGGGGAUUUCACAGAUACAGUGUGGAUGAGUGCUGGCAUGUUCCACAUUUUGAGAAGAUGCUUUAUGAUCAAGGGCAGCUUGCCAAUGUUUAUCUGGAUGCGUUUUCUAUCACAAAAGAUACCUUUUAUUCUUAUAUAUCACGAGAUAUCCUUGAUUAUUUAAGGAGAGAUAUGAUUGGUCCAGAAGGUGAAAUUUUUUCAGCAGAGGAUGCUGACAGUGCAGAGACUGAAGGAGCUGCAAGAAAAAAGGAAGGAGCCUUUUACAUAUGGACAAGCAAAGAGGUUGAAGACUUACUUGGAGAGCAUGCUGCUCUUUUUGAGGAGCACUAUUACAUCAAGCAAUUGGGUAACUGUGACCUAUCUGGAAUGAGUGAUCCUCACGAUGAAUUCAAGGGAAAGAAUGUCCUGAUUGAGAGAAAGGAACCUUCAGAACUGGCAUCAAAAUAUGGCAUGUCAGUUGAGACAUAUCAAGAAAUUCUUGGAGAAUGCAGGCAUAAGUUGUUUGAAGUAAGGUCAAGGCGUCCAAAGCCACAUUUGGAUGAUAAGGUUAUUGUAUCGUGGAAUGGACUGGCAAUCUCAUCUUUUGCCAGGGCUUCUAAGAUUCUCAAGGGUGAAGCUGAAGGGACCAAAUUCUACUUUCCUGUCAUUGGCACUGAACCAAAGGAGUACAUGGGAAUUGCAGAAAAAGCAGCAUCCUUUAUUAGGAAGCAACUUUACAAUGUAGAAACUCACAGGCUACACCAUAGUUUCAGACAUUCGCCAUCUAAAGCUCCUGCUUUCUUGGAUGAUUAUGCUUUUCUGAUUUCUGGAUUGCUGGAUCUCUAUGAGUUUGGUGGUGGAAUUAGCUGGCUUCUAUGGGCCAUUGAAUUGCAGGAAACCCAGGAUGCUUUGUUUCUUGAUAAGACAGGAGGAGGAUAUUUCAAUAAUACAGGAGAAGAUGCUUCCGUUCUCCUCCGUGUAAAGGAAGACCAUGAUGGGGCAGAACCCUCAGGAAACUCAGUUUCUGCUAUAAAUCUUAUAAGAUUGGCUUCCAUGGUUGCUGGAAGUAAGGCUGAGCAUUAUAAGCGAAAUGCAGAACAUCUAUUGGCAGUUUUUGAGAAAAGGUUGAAAGAUAUGGCUAUGGCAGUGCCUCUAAUGUGUUGUGCAGCAGAUAUGUUGCGUGUACUUUCUCGGAAGCAAGUGGUCGUGGUUGGUGAAAGGACGUCUGAGGACUUUGAAAGCAUGCUUGCUGCAGCUCAUGCAGUAUAUGAUCCCAACAGAACAGUUAUUCAUAUAGAUCCCAACAACAAAGACGAGAUGGAAUUUUGGGAAGUAAAUAACAGUAAUGUUGCUCUCAUGGCAAAAAAUAACUUUGCAGUCAACAAGGUUGUAGCUCUUGUAUGCCAAAACUUCACUUGUAGCCCCUCUGUGACUGACCAUUCGUCACUUAAAGCUUUGCUCUCCAAAAAACCUUCCUCUUCGUUCACGUAAGCUAUUGGUUCUGAUGAGUAGGAAAAUAGUUAACGUCGGCGAAAGCUCCCUCUUAGAGAUCCCCCUUUCAAUCUACAGAACUAGUUGGUUCUGACUUCUCUGUCAAAAUAAAGAUAGGUAACAUUCUCUGUUGACUUGAGGAAUUGAUGCAUGUCCUUUUCGUAUGCCUGUGCUCAACAAGCCAUGAUUUUUCUUCAAAUGUGAUACAGAAUGAUGGAAUCAUGGAAGUAUGUAUAAUUGUAUAUGCAAUGUAAGCUAUCGUUGAAAUAAUUAUCUUUUCCAGUUGGAGUCUGUUCUCAUGUUUAUACUUCAUUUUUUUCUCGAUGAACUUGCACAAGAAAGUCUCGAUGGCAUGGCUAAGAAAUCCUUCAUGUCUGUUCGUGCAAUAUGUUGUAGAAAGCUCAAAAGGUUUGCCAAUCUGAGACAUUCUUCUGUUUUCGAGACAUUUUAUUAGUAUAUUAUAAAGUAUAUGUUGCACACA